AUGCAUUGGAAAGGCCUGCGACUCGUGGCGGAUGGGAGUGCCUCGCGUCGAAGCACCAUUGAAGCUCCGCCGCAGGUGCGGCGCAGCGAACAUCUGCCCCGACCCCCAGCCCCCGCCGACAGCCCCCGUUACUCUGAAUCAACCUCUCGGACGUCUACCAAUAUUCCGACGGGGCUCGACGAUGUCGCGGCCGCGGGACAAGACGCCGACCAUAGACUGCAGGUUCCAAUGGAAGGAGGCGCGCAUCGAGAUGUUGAGCCUGCGCCGGUCGAUUUUAUGGGGAGUCCCUCCAACGGGGAUACCCCUAGCUUGCGGAGAAAUCGAUUCAGUUUCAUGAGAUUGCGUCACGCCUCCGACCCCCAGCUGUCCAAGUCAUACGCAAAGGCCGAGGGAACGCCUCCAGUGCCGUCGCUGCCCCCUCCCACGAUCAUCACCACUGCGCCCACGAGUCACGAUCUGGAACCACCCGCGAAACCCAGACACAAACUGCGUCUGCUGCCCUUGUCCCGAAAACACUCAAUGGAGGAAUUACCCCGAAGCUCGAGGGAAAGCCAGCGGAAACCGGCACGGCAACAACAUCCAUCCAUCGACUCCCAGAUCGCUGACUCGACCCUUUCAACCAUCCAUUCCCCGGGCGCAGAAGAACCAGGCAGACUGUCAACAACCUCCAUUCGAAGUGCCGGCCGAGAUCUUCCCUUCAAUGAAUCUCAGCGAUCAUCGGUUUCGGUGCCUGAUCCACGCUUCUCAGAAUCGUCUCGGUCCGAUCAAAGUCAUGGAGACCAGACGUUCUGCACAAACUCACCGCGAGACGUACAAUCAUCUGCAGGGGCGACGGGGAAAAGAUUCCGCAUGCCUCGACUGAAGCGACACCGCAGCCCUCUCUUUCCAUUGCCCCCUAAGGUCCCCUCACCCACAAAUCGAGCGUUGCCGGCCGACGACGCAAAUAAUCAUGGUUCCGACCAAGACCAGAUUUCCCCACUUCCGUCUCCAACACGGUCCUCCGUCGGCCUGGCAGUGGCGGGUGCACCUCCACUCUUACGCAACAAUUCCACCAACUCUGCUCGCUCAAUUCGUUCAAACCCUUCGCUAACAGGUCGCGGAAGAUCAUCCACGAUGGGUUCCCUCGCGGAGCAUGUGGUGGAUGAUCUUUCCGCCGCACCCUGGUUGGCCUCCUCCGGCCGCACUUCGACCUCAACAAGUGGGCGCAAGAGCUUCGGCGAUAUCUUCAAUUUCUCUCAACGAUUGCGACAGAAUUCGGAACCACCCAUUCCCCGACAUGGGUCUCCCGGGAUUGGGGGAACGGCCACUCCGUUAAAACCUGAAUUACCCCCAGUUCCGGCUCGCGAAGAGGGCGAGACCCCGGCGGCAUACUUGACUAAACUGGAGGAGACCUUGCCCCGGGGUAUGAUUGGAGGCAUUCUGGCACAGUCAGACGACGAGUUCUACAAAGUGGCGCUACGCAAGUAUAUGCGGUCCUUCUCCUACUUCGGGGAUCCUAUCGAUAUGGCCAUUCGCAAACUUCUGAUGGAAGUGGAGCUACCUAAGGAAACCCAGCAAAUCGAUCGCUUCCUGCAAGCCUUCGCCGAUCGUUAUCACGAAUGCAACCCUGGCAUUUUUGCCUCGACAGAUCAGGCUUACUUUAUCGCAUUCUCAAUUCUCAUCCUGCACACAGACGUGUUCAAUAAGAACAACAAGCGAAAAAUGCAGAAGCUCGACUACGUGAAGAAUUGCCGCGGAGAAGGUAUCUCCGAGGACAUCUUGGAGUGUUUUUACGAGAACAUUGCCUAUACUCCUUUCAUUCAUGUCGAGGACGCCAACCUCCGCGAUCGUCAUCUCGCAAAGCCGCGGCGAACGCUAUUUCGAAGCACCAGCUCGGAGCAUCUGCCGCUGGUGACAAGAGAGCCUGUGGAUCCUUAUACUCUGAUCUUGGACAACAAGCUUUCCACCCUCAGACCGAGCUUAAAAGAAGUUAUGGACCUUGAGGAUACCUACAGCCAUAUCGGCUCCGAGGGUCGGCCAAACAUGGAUGACCUUCAUCUAGCUUUCGCCAAGUCAGGCAUCCUCCAAAUUAUCUCCCAGCGUUCACGACCGGAUGCGUUCAUGCAAGCUAGUUUGGAUAAUCCUGCAGUGUCACAUCCAGGUCUGGUAGACAUCAAGGUGGCCAAGGUCGGCUUACUCUGGCGCAAGGACCCCAAAAAGAAACGGGCACGAUCCCCGUGGGCCGAAUGGGGCGCGGUCCUCACAUUCUCACAACUGUACUUCUUCCGCAACGUGACUUGGGUACGGAAUCUGAUGACGCAACACGAGGCUUAUGAAAAGAAGGGACGACGAGGGACGCUUAUCUUUAGGCCACCUUUGGCGGAGUUCAAACCCGAUGGCAUCAUGUCCACAAACGACGCAGUGGCCCUGCUGGACAGCAACUACAAAAAGCACAAGCAUGCAUUCUCAUUCGUCCGGCACAAUUCGGUCGAAGAGGUGUUCCUAGCCGAUUCAGAGUCCGAUAUGAAUGACUGGAUUCACAAGCUUAAUUAUGCAGCCGCUUUCCGAACAACUGGUGUUCGGACGAAGGGGAUGAUUGCGACCAAUUACGAGGGCCAGCGUUACCGCCGCAGCCAGCGUAUUGGCUCCAUCUCCUCGUCAACUUCACAUCAGUCCCGUGAUCAAGAACCAACUUCUCCCAGCAUCGAUAGCGACGUCGUUGCUGAAUUCGUGGCAGGCCGUCGGCAGCUAAUGAGCCAAAAGAUUCAUGAUACCAAUGAAAAGCUCUUUGCUAACCAACGGCAUUUAGAUGAGCUUUUGCGUAAUGCCCGCCAUUUGCAAAUCCUCACUCCAGUGACCCCCCGGGCCCGAGAAAGCGUGAUCAUGGCGGCGGCGCGUAUGGCGGCCAAGCUUCGGUGGGUCCGACAAGACCUCUCGCGCAAUAAAUGCUACCGCGAAAUUCUUCUCCGAGAUCUUGGAGAAGAGGAGACCGAUGCGGCAACCCGGAAUGGUUCUAUAGCUGGGCAGACCACGUCUACGCAUACGAGUCCCCCUCGUUUGCCCUCCGUAUCUGGACCAUCCAUCCAAUCUGAGCCUAGUUUGCAACUUACCUCUGACGUCGACCGUGGUGAAUCAUCGCAUGACAUCUCUCCAGAAUCCACUGCGACUGUCCCAGCGGAGAAGCCGCGCAUCGAUGUGGGCUUCUUGAGUCAGCCUACAACAGAAGACCUGCGCCGUCCGAGCAUACCGACGUCGGUCACUUCCUCUGAUCUUGGCCGCAUUGGUCGGUCGCUUUCAGUCGCCCGUGCCUCUGCUAGCAGGUCGGAGAGCGCACCUCGUCUUGAGCGUGAAGUCUCCACCGUGAGCCGGGGAAGCAAAUUCGACGCUGCUAGUCUGGGGUCCCGUGCAUCAAAAAUAACAUCCCCGGUCAGCUUUGACGACGGAGAAGAGCGUCUACUCAUGGACAGUGGCCUGCUGGAUCAUGAUUCGCCGUCGAAAACUCGAAAAACAUCGGGUCCGGUACCGGAAAAGGAAAGUGAGGAUCGACAGGAUGAGUCGUCCGAGGUGUCUCAUAGUGAUCACCGGUCUAGUCGGGUCCGACGCAGCCUUCACCGAACACUGCGCGAGUCCCACAGUGUUCAUCGUCACCAAUCGCGCCACAAGAAAAAUAGCGACUCUGUCUCGAGCGUUGGGCCCCUUGAGGAUGAUGGCAGUGAGAGCAACAUUCUUGCCCGAAAGACACCCAGUUUCACCGUCCAUGGUAAAAAGGCCUCGGUUGUUACCUUUGGCUCCGAGUGGCAGAACAUGUCGCCUGAGGAGCGUCUCAAGCUUCGCAAACCCACUCCUCAUGAGGAGCAUCGCGGUUCAGAUCCGAUCAUUGUUGGCAGCGGCGAGUCCAUAAUGUCGGAGGGGCUCGCUGCUGAUCGUCGGCAAUCCGUCAUGAGUGCUAGCACAAUGACGGGUCUGAGCAUACGCAACGACGAUGACGACGACAACGAUACGAUCGAUCAUUUUAAGGAUGCUCAAGAAGUUUUGCCGUCCGGCACUCUCACGCGAUCCAAAUCGCAGUCAACUCUGCAAGAGCGAGUAACCGACGUCACACCUGAUCACGGCAUGUCGGUGGACGACAAGAGAACCACAACCGCUCCCUCUGGUGCCAGCUCCGGUCUCUUCGUCUAUGGGGGUAACCUCAAUUCGACGGGAGAAGUUGGUUCUCCGUCAUCGAGCUCUCUGGGAGAGCGCGGGGUCAAUACUCCGUCUUCCGAAAAUCUUCGCCCGCAGGAGGUGGGCGCAUGA